UCCCCUGUCCCAGACUUCAUUCGGUAGUCUACUUCUCUCCACUUCUUCAACCUCAUCACCCCUCUAGACGGGCUCUCUCUUUUGUUACAACUUUCCAAAUGGAUCUGAUUGCGGUUUUAUGUUGCCUUCAUGUAACGUUAGUUACUGUGAAUUCCAACCCGGGGCCGUUAGAGGAUGUAGUUAUCGAUCGAUACGAUAUACCGAAAAUUUGUCCUCGAGAAGUGCAAACAGAAGAUUAUAUCCGUUAUCAUUUUAACGGGACCUUCUUUGCAGACGGGAUAAAGUUUGACUCCAGUCAUGACCGAGGCAAAGCCUUCAUCAGCCAGGUCGGCCUGGGCAGGCUCAUCACAGGGAUGGACCGCGGUCUCCUCAGCAUGUGUGUCAAUGAACGCAGGAGGAUCACAAUCCCCCCACACCUGGCCUAUGGAAGCAUCGGAACAGGUGGUGUGAUCCCUCCUGACGCUGUGUUAGUGUAUGAUGUUCUCCUGCUGGACAUAUGGAACACCCAGGACAAGGUCCAGAUCCGCACACUAAGCAAACCUGCCGGCUGCAAACGCACCACCGUGGCAUCGGAUUUCCUUCGUUACCACUACAAUGGCACCCUGCUGUCUGGUGAAGCUUUUGGCUCCAGUUACUCGAAGAAUUCAACCUAUGACACCUACUUGGGACAGGGUGACCUCAUCAAAGGCAUGGAAGAAGGUCUUUUGGGCAUGUGUGUCGGGGAGAGAAGGAUCAUCAUCAUCCCACCCUUCCUGGCAUAUGGAGAGACUGGCAAAGGAACUCAGAUCCCUCCCCAGGCUACCCUGGUGUUCCAGGUCCUCCUGGUUGAUGUGUUUAACCCUAAGGAUGACAUAGUUGUGGAGGUGAAGGAGGUGCCUAAAGGCUGCAUCCGCAGGACGGUGACUGGAGAUUACAUCCGCUACCACUACAACGGUACCUUCCAGGACGGCACAGCCUUUGACUCAAGCUACAAGCGAAACAGCACCUAUAACACUUACGUCGGCAAGGGAUAUGUGAUCCGAGGGAUGGACAAAGCCCUGCAUGGGCUGUGCAUAGGAGAGAGGAGAAAGAUUAGCAUCCCUCCUCACAUGGCGUACGGCCAAGAAGGGGUUGGAGACCUCAUUCCUAGCUCUGCUGUGCUGGUCUUUCACAUUCACGUCAUUGAUUUCCACAACCCUGAAGACCCAGUCGACAUCAAAUCCACCUACAAGCCCCACGAUUGCAAAGUGACCAGUGAAACUAACGAUUUGAUUCAGUAUCGUUAUAACUGCUCCAUGAUGGACGGCACCCUGCUGUACUCCUCGGACAACUAUGACUCACCUUCCAUCACGACUCUUGGAGCGAAUAAGGUGAUCCUGGGUUUGGAGAAAGGUUUGAGGGGCAUGUGUGUGGGCGAGAGGAGGGAAGUGGUCGUUCCACCACACUGGGGACAUGGUGAAAAUGGAGCUGGAGAAGUUCCCAGGAGUGCAGUGCUCUUCUUUGAGCUGGAGUUAGUGGAGCUGCAGAAGGGUGUUCCUGAAGGCUACAUGUUUGUGUGGCUGGAAGACAGCCCUGAUCCCCUCUUUCCUGCUAUGGACCUCAACGGUGACAAAGAGGUACCUCUAGAGGAGUUUUCAGCCUUCAUCAUGCUCCAAGUCAAAGAGGGCAAAGGUCGUCUUCUGCCAGGGUUUGAUGCCGACAGCAUCAUCAAGGACAUGUUUGAUAACCAGGACCACAAUGAAGAUGGCAAGAUUGUUGAAAAUGAACUGAAACUCAAGGUGGAUGACCAGUCUGAACCAGUGAUACGAGAUGAGCUGUAAAGAGGACUCGCACAGUAUUUCAUUGGUGGCAAGGAAUAGGCACGCAGUGGCUGAGGUCAUAUCUCCAUCUUGGCAACCGUCGAGCAGCUAAUGUUUCAGAGAAUAAAACAUUGUUGAGCCUUUAUUUAAGGCAACAGUUCACUUUGCUAGAUGCUGUUACAAAAUGUGUAGAGGAAAUGUGUUUGAAAAUGUGAAACGAAAGAAAAAUGGCCUCUAGUGAAACUGUGUUCUGUUAAAAAUAUUUACAAGAAACCAUUGGGCUGGGCCCUAACUCCAGAAUAUUACUUUAUAAAACUAGUAGUCAAUGCAGUGCCUCAUAAAAUUGAUGAAAAACUACUGGUUGUACAGUAUAAUUGGGAGUGGCUAGUUUGUAAAAUAUUUUUUUUUAUUAUAUUAUCUAUUAAAGAACAAAUGUAUCAC